CGCCGCACUUCUGAGUCAGCGAGUCUGGGUGGGCGCGCGGGGUCUGCUAGGGGAGACCCCCGCCCCGUCGUAAUGAUGCAGGCGAUGAGGGCGGCACCCUGAGGCAGCCGGAAACCGGUUGACUUCACAAACGGCCUCCUGCGGCUCACCGUCGGCUGCCGCCAACGCUCGGCCUGCUGGCGGGCCCAUCUCUGCCGCCGUCCGCUUGCCGGGACGGUGGCUCCCGGCGCAUUUUCAGUCGGAAGCGGAGCCGGGAGCCAAAGCACUAAAGCCAACAACAAUAAUCCGCUCCCUCCCGCGCCAGCAGGAACACGUAACGCGGCCGUCUAUUGGCUCAGCUCCGCACGGCUUGUCUGACACAUCCAAAAGCUUCGAGGAUUGGCUGCCGCGACGGGCGCCGCGGCUAGUUGGCGGAUAGGGAACCGCGUAGGAAGGGGCGUGCCCCGCCUGGGCCCCGCCUCCCCAAGCUGCCGCCGCUGCUCUCCAUCCGGUUCGGUCGGUCGGGCGCCCGGAGGUCUCUCGGGGGCGUCUCUGAUUUCACUUCCACCGGGGGCGCCAGAGCGCAGCCGAUCCCGGAUCCUGCGGCCGCUACUGUGAGCUUGGAGUGCCGUGCAGACAUCUGGAGGCCAUGUCUAAGGAUGCGACCAGAACCCUGGGGAAAGGAAGCUGCCCUCCAGGGCCGGUCCCUGAGGGCCUGAUCCGCAUCUACAGCAUGAGGUUCUGCCCCUACUCGCAUAGAACACGCCUCGUCCUCAAGGCCAAAGGCAUAAGACACGAAGUUAUCAACAUUAACCUGAAAAACAAGCCUGAAUGGUACUACACAAAGCAUCCUUACGGCCAAAUUCCAGUCUUGGAGAACAGCCAGUGUCAACUGAUCUAUGAAUCGGUCAUCGCCUGUGAGUACCUGGACGACGCGUAUCCGGGAAGGAAGCUGUUUCCGUACGACCCUUACGAACGAGCUCGACAAAAGAUGUUGCUGGAGCUGUUCUGUAAGGUCCCACAUCUAACUAAGGAGUGUCUGGUGGCCUUGAGAUGUGGGAGGGAAUGCAGCGAUCUGAAGACAGCCCUGCGUCAGGAAUUCUGCAACUUGGAAGAGAUUCUUGACUACCAGAACACCACCUUCUUCGGGGGCGACUGUAUAUCCAUGAUCGACUACCUGCUCUGGCCCUGGUUUGAGCGGCUGGAUGUGUAUGGGAUAGCAGACUGUGUGAACCACACCCCGACACUGCGGCUCUGGAUUGCAGCCAUGAAGCAAGACCCCACCGUCUGUGCCCUCCUCAUAGACAAGAACAUUUUCCUGGGCUUCUUGAACCUGUAUUUCCAGAACAACCCUAAUGCCUUUGACUUUGGGCUAGUCUGCUGAGCUUCGCCAUGCUCCCUUGGCCAUCCACUCCAGGGAUCGUCUCAGAUUCCGCUCCAGGGAUUGUCUUCAGGGGUCAGUCCAUCUCUGUUCCUUCUCUUCAGGGUUCCCAAUAAAAACAGAAACAGGAAAAGCAUUAA